ACUCAAGUAGACAGAGGACCAGACAGAAGAGAGAGACGACUCUUUCCAAUAAUUACACCAGCACAUCAGGGGGGAAAAAGGAGAGAGACAAAAGGAACGAAAAUUGGAAAUCUCAUUGUAAAACAGUUAAUAUAAUAUUGUGAGUAAUUAAACUUUACGGGCCAUCCACGAACAAGCUGAUAAUGAAGCAGGUGUGUACAGUUCUGGAGAAGAAAGGUGGAUGUGUGGUUGGAGCUGAGCUCAGCUGCAGCGUGAAAGAGGAAAAUACUGCUAAGAGAGAAAGUUACACUGCUGACUGGCACAACAUUAAUAUGAAGACACAGCCUGAAGAAUGCCAGUCCAUGCUGAUGUCGGACGACUCUCGUCGAGAGACCCUCUCCCGUUAUUGGCAGGUACGUCCACUCAUUCAGACCUGUCCUUCAGGCGUGCUCAGAGUGGGCAACAUGGAGGCAGGUGUACGAGAACACCAGCUCUUACCCUCCAGGAACACUCUACCAUUGCCUAUUUUCAAGCCUGUUGAACUUGGUGUUCGCUUGGGUCGUGGAGCCCCCCACACCUUGGCAGAUCUGCCUCCCGCCCGAGCACCUGACGGAGCCUGCACAGACAAGAGACCAGUGGCGCAGAUCACCAAAGACCUGCCUCCUGUCAAACCCAUGCGAAUGGAGUUUGCCAAAGCACCAAGAAUCCUGGGCAGAUCCAUGUCCCAGGAAGCCCAGAGAGGGUAAAGAGAAGGAGAGGGGACAUGGAAGUGCCAAAAGAUAGUUUUAAAUAUAAAAAUGAACCAAAGACUGUAUGGACUUUGUUGAGUAGGCCUAAUGAAAGGAACAGCGAAAUGAGAUAGAGGGAGUGAGCAUGUAAUAACAGGGCUUAGUGAUAUUAAAAAGAGUUUUUAGUGAAGGAAGUGAUCACGGUGAAAAGGAGGAGGAUGAUCCUAAUAAUGAUGGAUGAUGGUUUUAUCUAGUGAAUUUGAAUUGUAAUUUUUUUUGUUUGUUUGUUUUUUGUAUUGAGUAUUUUCCAGAUACAGCACUUUUUGUUGAGUUGCCAUUAACUGAGUAAUUCUUUUGAGGAGUAAUAUGUUCAGAAUUUCAUAAUGUCAUUGUCUGAAGCUUGCGGUCAUGGUUGGUCAUGCAAAAAUCUAAUGUUUAGUCAGAGAAAAUCUUUUAUUUUUGUUAAAGCUCAAUUAUUUAAAUCAAAAUAUGAAUUGCACUAUUUAUUAACAGUUGGUAUUUGCUUUGAUUAACUGAUUGUUGACAUUUGCUACCAUCAUUUAAAUAAAGUUUGAUUAGUAUGAAUUUAGUUUUGCUUCGUG